AAAAAAAAAAAAAAACUACUGACCUACAGUAGUACAUUGUACAAUUUCGAGUGUCUAGUACUCCGUAAUACAGUAAAAGUAGAACAAAGAUUCAAAGAGCAGAUUUCCUAAAAAAAACAAAAAAAGUCAAAGAGCAGAACAAAUAUCCUCUGUAAAUGAAAACAGAGGUUUAACCAAACAGAAUGAAAGUUUGAAGAUUGAUGAAGAAAUCAAAAAUGGAAGACAAUGAAAAAGAUGAAACCCAAAUACAUCUUCCUGAUGAUCUCAUCUUUCCAUGGCAGCCCAUCAAAUCCUUAGCUCAAUACAAGCUUCUUUCCAAAAAAUUGGUAUUUUUCUCUUUCUUCUCCCAAUUUCAUCCUUAAUUACACCAAUUUACCCUUUAAUUCUCACCCAAUUCCCCCAAUUAAAUCCAUGUUUAUCCAAUCUGGGAAUUCUUUUUACCUUUAUUCUUGUGAUAAUCUUGAUGAUAAUGUUGCUGAAGUUGCUAGAAAUACUGAAGAUUAUUUGAUUAAGUUGAAAGAUUAUGACUUUGAUGUUGGAAAUGAUGUGGUUAAUUUAGUGGGAUCAUGUAAUGGGUUGGUUUGUUUUGGUGAAAUUUAUGGUAAAUAUUUCAUUUUAUGGAACCCUAGUACUAAUCAAUCACAUAAAUAUUUCUCUGAAGAUUUGGACAUUUCUAGUUGUAAUUGGCCUCCUCACAUUCGUUGGGGAUUUGGGUAUGUUUCAUCGAUGGAUGAUUAUAAGGUUGUGAGAGUAAUUUAGUACCAAAUUGGAUUGCUUGUUGAUACAUUUGUUCAUGUGUUCUCAUUAAGAACUAACUUAUGGAAAAAGAUUGAAUUUGAUCUUGUUGAUUGCUCAUAUGUUUUAAUAGAACAGCCGAUGUUGGUUAAUGAGACAUUGUAUUGGACUGCCGGGAACAUGAAAAUUGUUCCCACAUUUGGCUGUGCUUUCGCCGUUGGGUGUUGUGUUAUGUGUUAUGGGAGGGUGCUUGUCUAUGUGUGUUUUUAGAUCUCAAAAUGAGUGGGUGAUAGACAUUUUGAGAGGUCCUGGAAGGGUGUAUUCUCUUCGUCUGAAUUGUGACUUGGGACAGUUUGAUGACUUGAUUGGAUACACAAUGAACAAUAAAGUGCUUGUAGCUUAUACUAGUCCUGAAACCCCAGGCUUGGUUGAUCUAAGCUUGGUUGGUCUAAGUUCAAGAGAAUCACUUGUGAAGUUUAGAUAUGAAGGGAGAACUCGAAUUGAGAGUUAUGAUAUGAGUCAAAGUUCUCCUCAUCCUUUUAAAGAGAUACCCAAUGCAACAGGUGGCAUGAAUUCUUUUUGGUAGAAGAUUGGUUGUAGCCGAUUUGAGAAACUCAACGAGUUAUGCUAUCUUUAUCCUUAGACAUGGAAGUUUAAACUGGUAUAAUAUCAACCUGUGUGAUUUUUUUUGGAUGAUCCAUGAAAAUUUUGUUGAUUCUUUGACUUGUAAUAUUUACAUAUAACUUUGAUGCCUCUUUGUUUUGGCUCAUGUAACUCAACGGUACUCUAUGAUUGCUAAGGGGAUAUAAUAACUGUUGAGGUAGAAUCCGUACUUAUGAUAUUAGGAUGUUUGAAUAUCUGUGGUAUUUCAUGUCUAUCCUUCUACGAUCUUAACUAGAUCAGAGCACCUAAUCUAGGCUGUUUGAAUUUAUGCCUGUGAGCUCAUAUUCUAAGCUUGCAAUUUACUCUUGCUUCCCUUAGUUUCAACCAAAAAAACAGUAUCAGUAUGACAUUUUCCUAGAAAGUUCACUAGGACAUUUAACUCCUCUUUAGCUAUGUGAGAUAAACUAGCAGUCAAGCAUUUAGAUUGUUUUGCAAUUAAAAUUGAAAUGGAAGACUUGGGUGGAUGAGAUGGAAGGGCAAAAGGAAUACCAUUUACUAAUAAAGGUGAUCAUGGGCUAAAAAUGUUGGCUCAAUUUGGGCCAAAGGUUAAGGUCGGCCGGGCAUGUUGGGCUACUUAUGAAUUUAUGAUUAUUGAUCAAGCCUACCAUUUAGAUUAUGGAUUAGGCUUUCCAACAUGCACCAUUCCACAUAUUGAGUAAUAAAAAUUAUUCACGUCUAGGGCAUGUUUACAUUUACCGAAUUGAACUGAACUGAUCGGAGCUGAAUUGAACUUAAUUGAGCUGAGCUGAAAUGAAUAUUUUAUAAGAGAAGAAAAUUAGGAGCUGAAUUGAAUUGAUUGGAGCUGAACUGCAACUAAGGUGAACAUGUCCUUACUAUCUCUAAUACGUCAUUUGUUUUUUAAUUGCUACAUCAUCUUCCCUUUUAAGGAAAUAAAUAUCUGUGUUCUUUAAUUUCUUGAUUUCUUUUAUUUAUUUUAUGUAUAUCUUUAAUAUAUUUUGUUUUAUUUCCAAACAUCUCACUUACUUUUCAAUAAAUUUGGUGGGUGAAAUAAAAGGUCAUAAAAACUAAUCGUUGUACUCCCUCCGUUCCUUAUAGUCUUUUAUGACCAAUUUUAAGUUCCAAAAUAAUAGUCCCAUUUGCUUUUUUGAAGUACCUUUAAUAUCAAAUUUUUUUUACUAAAAUUUCCUCUAAUUUGCAACGAUAUUUGUGCAAAUUUAAAUUUCUCAUAUAAAUUUUGUUUUUUCAUGUACUUUUAUUAUUUUCUCUCUACUUUUUUAUGCAUACCCAAUGUUAAUUACUUUUUAAUGUUACUUCGUACUACUUUUUUUACAUUUAUUAAUUUCAAUAAAAAAUAUUCAUAAAAAACUAUCAAUAAAUGACGGAGGGAGUAUUAAUUCUUGAACCUUUACAACAACACAUAAAUUAUUACCGGGAAAUAAAACUUUGACCUGUAAUAUCUUUUUUUCCGGAACAAAAUUUAUCACAGUUACAUUGAAAACAUAAAAAGAGGCAGUUUUGAGACCUCAUUCUUGAAACUAAACACAAACAGUGAGAGAAAUGGAAGAAAGCGAUAAGAACAAAAAGAAGAAAUCAAGAGAAGAUGUUCAAGAAAUACAACUUCUUGAUGAAAUCAUAACUCAACACAUUCUUACGCGCCUUCCUCCCAAACCGCUAAUCCGAUGUAAGCUAAUUUCAAAGCAAUGGAAUUUUAAUGUCAAUUUCUUCUUGGAUCAUAUCAAACAAUCUAUUUUUAGUGACCCUUUUACCCCAAUUGAAACUCUCUUUAUUCAAUCUGGGAAAACAUUUUACCUUUAUACAUGCAAUAAUCAUGAUAAUGAUGAGGUUCAGGUUGAAUAUGUUCGUACUAGUCAGUAUAAUUUGGUUGAAUUAAAUGCUAAUUUUCGUGUUGGUAGGAGGGAAAGUAUUGGAUUGGCAGGAUCAUGUAAUGGGUUGAUUUGUUUAGGUGAAAUGAAUGGAAAAUAUUUCAUUUUAUGGAACCCUGAAAUUAAUCAAUUUCAUAAAUAUUAUUUUGAAUUUUUGGAGCAAAAUUCUAGGGAUAUUUGUUGGGGGUUUGGUUAUGUAUCCUCUCUUGAUGACUAUAAGGUGGUUAGAAUCGCUCAGUUCCGGUUUCGAGCCAAGAUCGAUUCAGUUCAUGUGUUUUCAUUGAGGACUAAUACUUGGAGUAGGAUUGAAUUUGAUGUUGGUGAAUGUAGAUUAGUGGGUCGAUCAAGGUUGGUUAAUGAGACUUUGUAUUGGAAAAAGGAGGAUGAUAAUGGUAAUGGGGAUGUACAAAUUGUUUCCUUUGAUUUGGGUCUUGAGACAUUUGCUAUGCUCACUGAUUUGGCUGUUCGAGCACCCGAGAAUGCUACCUUAUCCUUAUGUGUCAUGGGAGGGUGCUUAUCUGUUUGCGUUCGCAACUCUCAUGAUAAUUUGGUGAUACACAUUGUGAAACGACCGGGAGUCGUGGUUAAGGGUUUUUAUUCUGAUGUGAGAGACACUGUGUUUGAUGAUUUGAUCGGCUUGACAGAGGCUGGCAAGAUAUUUGUUGUUUAUCCUCGUUGCUGGGUGCCAUGCUUGGUUGUUUCGAGUUCAAUGAAAUCAAUUGUGACAUUUGAAACUAAUGAAAACCUGGGGAGCACUUAUAUGGCGAGUUAUGUUCCGAGUCAAAUUUCACCUCUUCCUCCUGUGGAGUGUGGAGUUGCCCAAUGCUUUAGAACAGGAUUGCAGAAUGAUUUUGACAGAAGAUAGUUUGCCGCUGUGGCGGUGUAUGUGGAGAUGUGAAGCUCAAUGGCGCAACUGACCUCUGUUUUGAGCUAUGAAAGUCUGUUUACAACUUGUUCCAUCUAUAAUCAUGAUUUCAGUUUCAAAUAAUUUACUGCAUUCAGAAAUAAUAUUGAUAUGUACCUUAUUGGCAAUUAAUCCGUGGCGUAUGUGUAGACAUGGCAUUAACUCAGCCUUUGGCUUCUUCUUACCGACCUCAAUGAUCAUUGCAACCGGGUAGCAUAAAAAGAAAUAUUUGGGCAAAUGUUAAGAGAUAAUUUUAAACUUUUCCUUUGGAUUUGUUAAAUACCCAUAUCUUUUUAUUUAUAUUAUUCCCAUAUUAUUUGGGCAAAUUUUAAGAGCAUUCUAAGUGCUUUAAAUAAAAGUAAAAAUAUAGUUACUUGGUC